AUGAGAAAACAGAUGCAACACAAAAACCCCAAACCCCUUUCCUUCUUCAUCUUCCCUUCCUCUCCGUCCCGUUUCACAGUUAGCCGACAAAUUUCACGCCCAACAAUAUAUACAUAUCAUUUUCACCAUUAAUUAAUUCUCUCUCUAUAUAUAUAUAUAUGUCAGAUGCAUUCCCAUAAAAAUUAUUUUACUACCAAUUAGAAAAUUCAAAAAAAUAGUACAAAAAGCAUCCGAGCCGUUGCCGUACACACCCCACCCCUCUAUCUUCCCCACCAUAGUUUCCCAUCCCCAGAUAUCACACAAGCAUUCACAUUUGAGGGGUUUCUGCUGAUUUUGCUGAAUUUAUAGCUUCAAUUCGAACUGUAUUGUAUAUAUUUAUGUACAGUAUAAGUGUACAAGGUUAAAAUUGGGGUUUGAUUGCGAAUGGGGAACUGUUGUAGAUCUCCGGCAGCUGUAGCUAGAGAAGAUGUGAAGUCAUCUAAUUACUCCGGUAAUAUUCACGGGAGGAAAGACAAGUCUGCCGGCGGCAACAAGCAGAAGCAGAUCAAUGUGUUAACUGAUAAGAAAAAGGAGAAUGUUGAGGAGAAGUAUAUAAUUGAUAGAGAAUUAGGAAGGGGUGAAUUUGGAGUGACAUACCUUUGUAUAGAUCGUAACAAUAGGGACUUACUAGCUUGCAAGUCGAUUUCUAAGCGGAAGCUAAGGACAGCUGUGGAUGUGGAGGAUGUAAGGCGAGAAGUUGCGAUUAUGAAGCAUUUGCCUCGUGAUUCGAGUAUUGUGAGUUUGAAGGAGGCAUGUGAGGAUGACAGUGCUGUGCAUUUGGUUAUGGAGUUAUGUGAGGGUGGAGAGCUGUUUGAUAGAAUUGUGGCUCGGGGGCAUUAUACAGAGCGAGCUGCUGCUGCUGUUACGCGGACAAUUAUGGAGGUUGUGCAGCUAUGCCAUAAGCAUGGGGUGAUCCAUAGAGACUUGAAGCCUGAGAACUUCUUAUAUGCUAAUAAGAAGGAGAAUUCACCUUUGAAAGCUAUUGAUUUCGGCUUAUCAAUUUUCUUCAAGCCAGGUGAGAAGUUUUCGGAAAUAGUUGGAAGCCCUUAUUAUAUGGCCCCAGAGGUGCUCAAGCGGAACUAUGGACCAGAAAUAGAUAUAUGGAGUGCAGGAGUCAUUUUAUAUAUUUUGUUAUGUGGGGUUCCUCCAUUUUGGGCCGAAUCUGAACAAGGAGUUGCACAGGCCAUAUUACGAGGGGCAAUAGAUUUCAAGCGUGAGCCCUGGCCAAGUAUUUCAGACAGUGCUAAGAAUCUUGUACGUCAAAUGCUGGAUCCAGAUCCAAAGCUUCGACUGACUGCAAAACAAGUACUUGAACAUCCUUGGCUUCAAAAUGCUAAGAAGGCUCCAAAUGUUCCUCUUGGAGAUAUGGUCAAGUCAAGACUUAAGCAGUUCGCGCUGAUGAAUAGGUUUAAGAGGAAAGCUCUGAGGGUAAUUGCUGAUUUCUUGUCUAAUGAAGAAGUUGAAGACCUCAAAGAAAUGUUUAGCAAGAUAGAUACUGAUAAUGAUGGUAUUGUUUCUGUCGAAGAACUAAAGGCUGGACUUCAAAAAGUCAAUUCACAGCUGGCUGAUUCUGAAAUCAAGAUGCUUAUUGAAGCUAUUGACACUAACGGGAAAGGGACUCUGGACUAUGGGGAAUUUAUUGCCAUUUCACUCCAUCUUCAAAGGAUGGCAAAUGAUGAACAUCUACACAGAGCUUUCUCCUCCUUCGACAAGGAUGGAAAUGGUUAUAUCGAACCAGAUGAGCUUCGGGAUGCAUUGAUGGAGGAUGGAUCAGAUGACUGUACCACUGUCGCUAAUGAUAUUUUCCAGGAAGUUGAUACAGACAAGGAUGGGCGCAUCAGCUAUGAUGAGUUUGCAGCCAUGAUGAAAACUGGUACAGAUUGGAGAAAGGCUUCUCGACAUUACUCAAGAGGAAGAUUUAAUAGUCUGAGUGUGAAGCUAAUGAAGGACGGGUCACUUAACUUGGGGAAUGAGUGAAGUUCAGAGAAAUCAAAGUAGUAAGUACUGUAUCCAAUGUGCAUUAUAUCAUACUUCAAUAUGUCGUUAUUGUUUGUGGGGUUCGGUUUAGAUUGUGUUGGCCUGCCAGGAUCAAGAAAAGGCGACUUCAUCUGGUUAACCUCUUCAAAUUGAUAGUUUGAGUAAACCAAAUAGUUUAUCGGUGAUGGUAACACACAAUGUAUGAUUCUUCCCUCUUCUCUGGACAAUUGUUCUUGUUCAAAAAAAUCGAAAACUUGGCAGUAGAGCAUAGUCUUUGAAAAAGAAAUACUGUAUUGCUUUAUGUGCCCAUCAAAACUACUUGGUGUAUGGACAGUAGGCAGGGUUUAAUGCUCAUUCUCUCAAUUGAAGCAGAUCUGCUUCAAUAUUAUUUGUUAGCAGAGUGCAGUGUUAAUGUUCAAUGAUCUUUGAUAGUAGUAAUAUUUAUGGUACUAGAUAAUUUCUUUAAUCA